AUGGCUUCCAAUAUUGAAGACACACUGAUGAAACUAGACAGACUUCACAGUGUGGACUACAAAAAUGAUGAAGUGCAACUGAUAAAAUCUAAAAUAGAGGGAAUCGUUCAUCAGAUUUCAAAUAGGAUAGUGGAAUUGAAUCCCAUCCUUUCUAACUCUGUUGUCCAUUGUGGCAGUUUUUAUCACAACAGUAAAAUCAAUGCACCAGAUGAAUUUGAUUUCCUGUUGGUUUUAAACAAGUUUUCUCAGCCAGGUGUAUGCUCUUGUAAGCCAUUUGAAGAUCCAGAGUACACACACUUGGUUUCUCUAGAGAUUGACAACACAAAAUUGAAUUGGAAUCCGCAGAGUGUGUUGGAAUGGGAAGAGGAUGCUGCCAAUAAGCAGGCAUUAUUACAAGCAACAAUUGACAGUGAAUACCGUGAUGCUAUUUGCAGUUGCUUAGCAACAAUGUCAUUGCCAGAUGGCAUCUCACUUACCACAUCACAGAAAUCUGUAAGAAGGAGAUUUGAAGGAGGGGAAGAAUUUCUGGCCAACUUUAAGUUCUCUGGACCAGCUCUUACACUGUUACUCAACUGGAAAGGAGUAUACUACCCUAACCUUAACAUAUCUGUUGAUGUGACCUAUGUAAUUGCUAUGAGGGGCCUACCAUCAUUUUGCAAUCUUGACAAACGAUUACCAAGUGAACAUCCGAUAGUAAAAGCUGGUUUAUGUGCUGAUGCCAGUCAUGAAUUGUUGUAUUGUCGCAUGUUAGAUGACACAUGGAAGCAAACAUGUAGUUUUCUAGAAAAUAAGAUCAUCUGUUUUUGGUUCAAAGAGAAUGAUGCAAGCAAUGUGUGCUAUAGGCUGCUGAAAAUAAUCCGCAAUCUUGUCACACCAGUCGACCAGCUUGGAGAGGCAUUUUUAAAAACAUAUGCCUUGAAAACUUUAUUUCUUUAUGAAUGUGAACAAUUCCCAGAUUCAAAGUUUUGGAGGACAGAUGAACUAUCAACACACCUUUUAACAAUCUUUCAAAAGCUUUUGUGUGCAAUUCAAAACAGGUUCCUUCCCAAUUAUUUUAACAAGAAUCAAAAUGCUUUGUCCUAUCCUUUAGAUUCGCGACCUGGAGAUGAAAAUGAAGAGGGAGAAAACAAAUUUAUCAGCAGUGUAUAUGAAGCCAUGUGUAAAAUAAUAGAAGAUAUAAUAAGUUCACUGGAAAAAGGACUAGCUAGUGAACAAACGUUGAAGUUUUAUUUUGAGCCAGGGCAGAAAAUUGUUAUUAAAGAUCCUGAUAUACGGGAUGCCUUGGAGAAAGAAAAUUAA